GAAAUACUACUCCACAUUUCUUCCCCGGAAAACCAUCAUCAUACUAUCAAAUUCGCCAGAUAUGAACAAGAAAGUGUUAGUAGUAGGAGGAACAGGUUACUUAGGACAACAUUUACUCCAAACAUUUUCAGAUCUCCAAAUAUCACCUUCUUAUCAUUUAGCUUUCACCUAUCACUCUUCACCUCUUCCUUCCAAAUUGCUCCAUGCUUUCCCUCACUCUCUAUCUUUCCCCGUUGAUUUGCAGACUGGUCACGGGUUCGAUUCUAUCACAUCUACAUUUGGUCAGCCAGAUAUAAUAGUGAAUUGUGCUGCACUCUCGGUACCACGGGCAUGUGAGGUGGAUCCUGCUGCUGCUAUGUCUAUUAAUGUGCCCACUGCUCUUGUCAACUGGAUGUUAGGUUUCAAAGAGAAAGAUACUCUCUUGAUUCACCUUUCAACUGAUCAAGUUUAUGAAGGGACCAAGGCUUUUUACAAAGAGGAAGACGAGACUUCUCCUGUGAACAUUUAUGGAAAAUCAAAAGUAGAAGCAGAGAAUUUUAUUAUUUCAAAUUGUUCAAACUUUGCAAUAUUGAGAAGCAGUAUCAUCUAUGGUCCGCAGACAACAUCACCUGUUUCAAAGUCCCUUCCAAUUCAGUGGAUUGAUGGUGUACUAUCAAAAGGAAACAAGGUGGACUUCUUUCAUGACGAGUUCCGAUGCCCGGUGUAUGUCAAGGAUGUUGUGGCUGUCAUACUAGCUUUGACAACAAAGUGGGUCACCGAGGCCACACCAUUGCAAUUACUGUUGAAUCUUGGGGGUCCGGAUAGGGUUUCUCGUGCUCAGAUGGCUGAGGCUGUCGCAGAGAGUAGAGGAUAUGACACCUCAUUAAUCAAUCCAGUAUCUGCAUCAUCGGUUGAUCGCGGUGUUAAAUCCCCAGCAGAUAUAUCCAUGGACAUUGGCAAGCUGGUUAAGACACUCAAUUUAUCUUCUACUUCAUUCAAAGACGGUGUUAAUAUGACGCUUGCAGCACCAUGACUGGUAGAUGAGCCUGCAAAGAUACUCGUGUCACAUUUUGGAUCUGUUUAUCGGUUCUUGUUCAUUCCUUCCAAGAUACAGUCCUUCUCCGGAUGUUUCUUCAACUAGCUUUUCGGAUAGCACAGGCCGAAUCCCUUAGAUUGUGCUUAUUAUUGGAGAGUUUUGAUGGUAAAGAGGAUCCCUCCGAGGAGAAAGAAAAGAAGGAAUAAAAGAGGUCCAAAACUUCAAACCCUGGAAAACCAUAUUGUAUAAACAUUGCAAAUCACAUCCCUCUACACAGAAGUGUAUACUUUGUGGUGUUUCUAUCUACUGUCACUCUUUUUCCUCCAUGACAUUAUGUAAUCCCUUGUUUUCUAAAUAAUUCUGCCUUGACCAAAGGUUUUGUUGUCA